AUGGCUAGAGCUCGAAGGGUUGGUAUUAAAAUAAGAUCUAUACCUGCUAUUAAUUCUAUAUGUGAUACAGCAUUCAGAUGGGUUGAUAGUGAGAAAUGUCGAUAUAUUGAUUUACAACAGAAUAGGACUGCAUUAUCAUUCGUAUUCCAACAGGUAUCUGAGCCUAUUGUAAAGGUAGAUACACUACAGGAAGUUAGUAAUGAGAAAAGUCGGCUUGCUAUAUUCGAUGAUUAUGAAUUCUUCGAUAAAGCAGGGGAAGGUGCAUUUGGUAAGGUAUUAGUUGUACGCCAUAAGAUAACUAAACAUGUGAGAGCAUGCAAGGCUAUGGGGUUACAUUCAUCACAACAAAGGGAUCUUAUACAAACAGAGAUUGAUUUAUUAAAAUCAUUGGAUCAUCCUAAUAUACUAAAGUUAUUUGAGACCUAUGUUGAUGGUUCUAAUAUGUAUUUAAUAAUGGAAUUAUGUGAAGGGGGAUCACUACAGAAUAGAAUAGAUUAUCAUUAUGAGAGAUUACAUAGUCCAAUGACUGAAGGACAAGUCGCGAUGUAUAUGCAACAAAUAUUAUCAGCAAUAGCCUAUUGUCACAAACAGGGUAUAUUACAUAGAGAUCUUAAACCUGAGAAUAUACUAUUUGUUAAUCGUACCAGGGAAUCCCCUUUGAAGAUAAUUGAUUUCGGAUUAAGUUGUACAUUGGAACAACUUGAGCUUGUUAUGCAAAGAGCUGGUACACCACACUUUAUGUCACCAGAGAUGAUACAAGGAGAUUAUAAUGAAUUAACAGAUGUCUGGAGUAUAGGAGUUAUACUAUAUGAGCUGUUAACUGGGGUGCAUCCAUUCUAUAUACCAAAUGUUGAUGAUGAUCAGACAGUUAAGGCUAAGAUACUCAAACGAGAAGUAGAAUAUCCACCACAUUUAUGGGAUAGAUUAUCAGCUGAUGCUAAAGAUUUAUGUAAGAAGUUAUUAAAUAAACAAUGGAGGAACAAUGUACCCAAAGGGAGAUUAUCAGCAGCUGAGGCAUUAAAACAUAAGUGGUUUCUUGAUCCAUUAAAACCACAAUUACAUGGUCAUCAAUCACAAUUGACAAUAUCUGUAUUUGAAGGAUUAAAAAACUAUCAUUCUCAUAAUAAGCUUAAACAAGCUGUAUUACAGUUACUGGCUAAAGAGCUUACUGAAUUCCAAAUACAAGAUAUGCGUAAGAAGUUUAUGGCAGUAGAUAGAGAUGGUGAUGGAUUUAUUGAUGCUAAUGAAUUGGUACAAGGUAUGCAACAGUUGGGCUAUCCAGUAGAUCCACAUGAUGUAGAUGAGAUUAUGUCAUCAUUAGGAAGAUCAGGAGAGGAUACUAUUGGGUACAAUGAGUUUAUAGCAGCCAUGAGUGAACAUAGGAUUAAAUUUGAUACACUACAAUUACAAGAAGUAUUCAAACGUCUUGAUGUGUUUCAUACAGGAGAGAUAACUCUACAAGGUUUAAAGGAGGUAUUGAAACAUGAAGGUAUGGCAUCUAAUGCUGAUGGAAGUGCUGUUACUGAUGAUGAUUUAGUUGGAAUAUUUAAAGAUGCUGCUUAUACUCUGCUAAAACAAGUCGAUAGUCACUCCUUCAAAUCACCAAAGUAA